GGGCCGCGGCGCGACGGCCCGGGGAGCGGAGCAGAGCCUGCGACCCACAAAGCCGCCGCUGCCGCCGCGAUGGUGCUGUGAGGCGACCGCCCGCGCUCGGUCCUACGCCGGCCCGCGACUAUGCCCGGCCGCGCCCGCCCUCCGCGCCCUCCCGCCGCAGGACCAUGAGGCCACGCUCGGGCGGGCGCCCAGGGGCCCCGGGCCGCCGCCGCCGUCGCCUCCGCCGCGGCCCCCGCGGUCGUCGCCUGCCGCCGCCGCCUCCGCUGCCGCUGCUUCUCGGACUGCUGCUGGCGGCCGCGGGGCCCGGCGCGGCGCGGGCCAAGGAGACGGCGUUCGUGGAGGUGGUGCUGUUCGAGUCGAGCCCGAGCGGCGACUACACCACCCACACCACCGGCCUCACGGGCCGCUUCUCGCGGGCCGGGGCCAUGCUCAGCGCCGAGGGCGAGAUCGUGCAGAUGCACCCACUGGGCCUGUGUAAUAACAAUGAUGAAGAGGACUUGUAUGAAUAUGGCUGGGUAGGAGUGGUGAAGCUCGAACAGCCAGAAUUGGACCCCAAACCAUGUCUCACUGUCUUGGGCAAGGCCAAGAGAGCAGUUCAGCGGGGAGCCACUGCAGUUAUCUUUGAUGUAUCUGAAAACCCAGAAGCCAUUGACCAGCUAAACCAAGGCUCAGAAGACCCUCUUAAGAGGCCAGUGGUAUAUGUGAAGGGUGCAGAUGCCAUCAAGCUGAUGAACAUUGUCAACAAGCAGAAAGUCGCUCGAGCAAGGAUCCAGCACCUCCCUCCUCGACAACCCACUGAGUACUUUGACAUGGGGAUUUUCCUGGCUUUCUUCGUCGUCGUCUCCCUGGUUUGCCUCAUUCUCCUUGUCAAAAUCAAGCUGAAGCAGCGUCGUAGUCAGAAUUCCAUGAACAGGUUGGCUGUGCAGGCUCUGGAGAAGAUGGAAACCAGAAAGUUCAACUCCAAAAGCAAGGGGCGCCGGGAAGGAAGCUGUGGGGCCCUGGAUACACUUAGCAGUGGCUCCACAUCUGACUGUGCUAUCUGUCUGGAGAAGUACAUUGAUGGAGAGGAACUUCGGGUCAUCCCCUGUACCCAUCGGUUCCACAGGAAGUGUGUGGAUCCAUGGCUGCUGCAGCACCACACUUGCCCCCACUGUCGGCACAACAUCAUAGAACAAAAGGGAAAUCCGGGUGCUGUUUGUGUUGAGACCAGCAACCUUACACGUGGUCGUCAGACAAGAGUGACCCUGCCAGUACAUUACCCAGGCCGUGUGCAUAGGACCAACGCCAUCCCAGCCUACCCUACCAGGACAAGUAUGGACUCCCAUGGCAAUCCUGUCACACUGCUGACCAUGGACCGGCAUGGGGAGCAGAACCUCUAUUCUCCACAGACCCCUACCUAUAUCCGUGGCUACCCAUCCCUGCACCUGGACCACACUCUGGCCCCUCACCACUGCAGCCUGGAACACCGGGCCUACUCACCAGCCCAUCCCUUCCGCAGGCCCAAGUUCAGUGGCCGCAGCUUCUCCAAGGCAGCUUGCUUCUCCCAGUAUGAGACCAUGUACCAACACUACUACUUCCAGGGUCUCAGCUAUCCAGAGCAGGAGGGCCAGCCUAUUCCCAGCCUUGCACCCAGGGGUCCAUCCCGUGCCUUCCCACCAAAUGGUGGCAGCAGCCUGCUCUUCCCCACUGUGGUGCACAUGGCCCCUCCCACCCACGUGGAGAGUGGCAGCUCUUCCAGCUUCAGCUGCUACCAUGGGCACCGUUCUGUGUGCAGUGGCUAUCUGGCAGACUGUCCUGGCAGUGAUAGCAGCAGUAACAGCUCUGGUCAGUGCCGCUGCUCUUCCAGUGACUCCAUGGUGGACUGUACCGAAGUCAGCAACCAGGGUGUGUAUGGGAGCUGUUCCACCUUCCGCAGCUCCCUCAGCAGUGACUAUGACCCCUUCAUCUACCGCAGCCGGGGGCCUGCUGUACAUCUUGAGGGCUCCCCACCACCAGAGGAGCUCCCAGCAGCACACAGUCAAGGUGCUGGGCGGGGUGAGCCUUGGCUAGGCCCUGCCUCUCCCUCAGGGGACCAGCUGUCCACCUGCAGCCUGGAGAUGAACUACAGCAGCAACUCCUCGCUGGAACCCAGAGGGCCCAACAGCUCUACCUCAGAAGUGGGGCUCGAGGUUUCUCCUGGGGCUGCUCUGGACCUCAGGAGGACCUGGAAAGGGGGUCCAGAGGGACCAUCUUGUGCUUGCUGCUUUGAUCCCCAGCCUUCUUCCCUGGGCCCUGGGACAGGAGCAGCUUCUGGUGGCAGCACCUUAUUCCUGGGUCCCCGGCUCCUUGAAGACUGCAACCCUGCAAGUGGGGAGCCACAACCAGGGAGUUCCCAAGGCCUGUAUGGCCUUCACUCAGACCAUUUUCCCAGGACAGAUGGGGUAAAAUAUGAGGGCCUGCCCUGCUGCUUCUAUGAAGAGAAGCAGGUGGCCCACAGUGCUGGCAGGGGCAAUGGCUGCUACACUGAAGACUAUUCGGUGAGUGUGCAAUACACACUCACUGAGGAACCCCCACCCAGCUGCUAUGCAGGAGCCCGGGAUCUGAGCCAGCGUAUCCCCAUUAUUCCAGAGGAUGUAGACUGUGACUUGGGCUUGCCUCAAGACUGUCAAGGGAUGCAUAGCCACAGCCCCUGGGGUGGGAUGCUGGGCUUGGACGUCCCCAGACUCCACUGGAGUCUAGGGACAACUCGGGAAGAGGAACAGGCUCCAUGCUACCAAGCUGAGGUGCCACUGCAGCCUGGCUGCUCUCCAGAGGAGGCGGAUGCUUCCAGGGCUAGCCUCUCCAGUGCUCCCCAGGACACUCAGGAGUCCCAUGCCCUGGCUGCUGAGGCUUCAGAAUGUUUCACAGCCAAUGGUGCAGAUUACAGGGGAACACAGAGCUGGACAGCACUGCAAGGCGGGAAGCCAUGUCUGUUCUGGAACGAGACAUUCCAGCAUCCAUACAACACACUGAAGUACCCCAGCGGGGAAGGUGGUUUGGGUGAGCAUAACUAUUGCAGAAAUCCAGAUGGAGACGUGAGCCCCUGGUGCUAUGUGGCGGAGCAUGAGGACGGCGUCUACUGGAAGUACUGCGAUAUUCCUGCCUGCCAGAUGCCUGGAAACCUUGGCUGCUACAAGGAUCAUGGAAACCCACCUCCUCUCACUGGCACCAGUAAAACGUCCAACAAGCUCACCAUACAGACCUGCAUCAGCUUUUGUCGGAGUCAGAGGUUCAAGUUUGCUGGCAUGGAGUCGGGCUACGCAUGCUUCUGCGGGAACAAUCCUGACUACUGGAAGCACGGGGAGGCAGCCAGCACUGAGUGCAAUAGUGUCUGCUUUGGGGACCACACGCAGCCCUGUGGUGGAGACGGCAGGAUUAUCCUCUUUGACACUCUCGUGGGCGCCUGCGGUGGGAACUACUCAGCCAUGGCAGCCGUGGUCUACUCUCCUGACUUCCCAGACACCUACGCCACUGGGAGGGUCUGCUACUGGACUAUCCGGGUCCCGGGAGCCUCUCACAUCCAUUUCAACUUCACCUUAUUUGAUAUCAGGGAUUCCGCAGACAUGGUGGAGCUACUGGAUGGCUACACCCACCGUGUCCUGGUCCGCUUCAAUGGAAGGAACCACCCACCUUUGUCCUUUAAUGUCUCUCUGGAUUUUGUCAUUUUGUAUUUCUUCUCUGAUCACAUCAAUCAGGCCCAGGGAUUUGCUGUCUUAUACCAAGCCACCAAGGAAGAACCACCACAGGAGAGGCCUCCAGUCAACCAGACACUGACAGAGGUGAUCACCGAACAAGCUAACCUCAGCGUCAGUGCUGCCCACUCUUCUAAAGUCCUCUAUGUCAUCACCACCAGCCCCAGCCACCCACCGCAGACUGUCCCAGGUAGCCAUUCCUGGGCACCAUCAGUUGGGGCCAGCAGCCACAGAGUGGAAGGAUGGACCGUGUAUGGCCUGGCAACCCUCCUCAUCCUCACAGUCACUGCCGUCGUUGCCAAGAUCCUUCUGCAUGUCACAUUUAAGUCUCAUCGUGUUCCUGCUUCGGGAGACCUUAGGGACUGUCGUCAAUCAGGGGCUUCUGGGGAGAUCUGGACCAUUUUCUAUGAACCUUCCACUACAAUCUCCAUCUUUAAGAAGAAGCUCAAGGGCCAGAGCCAACAAGAUGACCGGAACCCCCUCGUGAGUGACUGAAGCCACACCGCACCGAGACAGGAGGCUGCUCCUGAGCUGAAGGUUGCUGGGGUCCUGCUGCAGGGGCGCUGUGGCUGGAUUCCUCCAUCACAUGCACUUAGGCUGGACACUCUGAGCUCGGCCCCUGGCCUGCAGCUCUGCCAAGACUGGGGCUGAGUUGACAGGACACAGCUGGACCUGAUUCUAGACGACUGUUGGGUGGUGGGUAGUUUAAUGUGUGAUGCGUUUUUAUUUUCUAUUUUGACCGUGUAUGGAUCAGUUUCCCCUGAUCUUUACAGUUUGGAACAGAGCCAGACUGAAGAAAUUCUCGGGUUUUCUUGAAGGCUGGCCUGGUUCCCUGCCAAAUGUGGUCUUCCAGCUGUUAGCACCUCAGAGUGCACAGAGGCCCAGUGCCCUGUUCCAGGCCUGCAGUGUUCUCUCUGAUGCCGACUAAGAUGUGCCUCAUCUAGUCUGAGGGGACUGAGAACAGGGUCACACUAGAUGUCUUCUUUCUAGAGGGUAUUUAACAAUACUUACUGGCCUGCAGGGCUAACCUGGGGAUUGAGCACAAAAUAAUCCACCUGUUUGUCCAUGGGUGACACGGUAAACUGCUUGUGUACUAGACGUACCUAGCCUGGCCCCCGAGCAGUUCACAGGUCUGUGGAAUCUGAACUCAGCCUGUCCCUCUGUCCUCUCAGCUAACUUCGAGUUCAGAACCAGGAGUUUAAAGGGCUGUAGCAUAGUUGUAGGGGCUGUAGCUCAGAGGUGGAGAGCUUGCCUUGCAUACAUGAGGCCCUAAGGUCAAUGCCAAUACUGCCCAAAAAAGAAAAAAAAAACAAACUGUAGCAUAGCCUGUGGGCAGCAUCCUGUGACGAGACAGAGACCUGUGGAUCCUACAUGAGGUGUCUGCCAUUUUAAAAGAAGACCACAACUACCAAGAGCUAUGUCCUUUGUCCCUUAUCAGGGGGACAGAGUAGUUAGGGUAAGGGCUCUUGUCUUGCCCCGUCACUCUGUCCCUUAGACAGGGAGGCAGACUACAGAAGCUGGCAAAAGGAAAGGCAGGGCCUGGGAACUGGAGAUCUUUCCAGGAGAGGCUGAAAGAUUUAGAGCCCCAGUUACAGUGGGCGCCAGUUGAGAGAGGAAGGGCCACUCCUGAUGGAGAAGCCCUGUCUGGAAGUGACCUUGGUCAGCGUAGCUGAGAGGAACAACCUGUGCCCUGAAGGGGACCCUGGUCGCUCUCUUGUCAGCACUUGAGCUUUGGAGCUAUGGGCCUCUGGUCUCCUGGAGCACUACUUAACCUCUCCUGUGUCUCUAAGCCGCUGCCAUUGAGGCCUCUUGUAGGGUUGGCCAGCCCGUCAGUAACUGGCUGCUCCCAGGACAGAGGACUAUAUGGGACCAUGGGGGAGCAUCCUCAGGGAGAGGCAGUGGCCAGAGCUGAUGGGUAGACAGGCAACUGGAAGAGGAAACUGUGUCUCUACAGUGGGCCAGGGGUGCUGUCCAGCUCCCAUGGGAGGCCUGCAGGGUACAGAGCUGCUGGGGGUCAUCUGGAAAAGCGACAGGUGCCUCAGUCUGAAGACAGGCUCACCACGCACAAGGACCUCUGGAAAUAGACUGACAGGAGCAGGUUCCAGGCCAGGCUGUUUAUAACGUGUGUGGGAGCCUCAGAAAGCAAGUGUUGAGUCACAGAGCACCAUGUGGACUCUCCAGGGAAGGCUCAGCUAGCCAGGACAUUUGUCUAGCUUUGCUCACUGGCACCACCGCUCACCUGCUUCUCCACAUCGCAGACUCAGGAAGGAGGAAGCUGCCCCGGUGGUGGCAGCUACAGCUCAGCUGCCCUUCAUUGCUGUCCUCAGGAAGGGCAGUGGACGUGCCCACACUCCUCUUGCAGCUGGCCCGGGCACAACCCAGCACCCCAGUAUGCACUUCCUUUUGGGGACCAGCCCCAGGAAACACAAGUCCACCUUACGAUAGCAUGGGGCAGUGGGAAGCUGUAAAUCGCCAGGCCAGGCCCCCAGCAAUGACAGCACACUGUGAGCCUGUCAGCGGCUUGUGUACCAGUUGGGGUACACACGGAGAGGUGGACAGCCCGAGGCUGAGCGUGCUGGGGGAGGGGUGUUUGAGUCGAGGUGGGUGGACAUUGCCUGAGGAGAAGAGAUGCACAAAAGACUGCAGAGACCCUCAGAGACCUUAGGUGCAGGCACAGGUAGACACCACGGGUCCUACUGCUUGAAAAGUAAAGACAGAGUAGGGAGAAGCCUGUGUCUUCCCCACGUCAGACAGGAUGGGACUGCGGCUGCCUGGGGUGGGCAACGUGACCAGACCUCUGACUUCCCGAACUGUGAGCCCCUGCUGCAGAUUCCUCAGCCAAAAGCUCUCAAAGAUCAAAGCUCUGGCAGGUACCGCUGUCCUGACCCUGAGCCAGCCCAUGGGAUGUGCCUGGGCCAGGUGCCAGCCCACGUCCCAAUGUCAGCCCAGGCAGGACCCCACCUGACCCUCCUCAGCCACUGGCCUGAUACCAGCAGGGCUUGCCCAGCUGCUGCCAGCGUGGGAACAGUCCCCAAUUAACCUUCAAGAGCACUUAGAAGCAGAUGGCCUCCCAACUCUGCCGGCCUAUCUGCAGGGCCCACAUUGGGCCUCCUAGGCCAGCUCCUCACUCCACAGCCCUCCGUGGUUCUCUCUGGGGCUCCUCUGGGGGUUGGAAUCUCCUGUCUGGAGUUUGAUGUCCACUUUGGGUGCUGCCUUGGGUACCUCUGUCCUCACCCUCCCCCCAGGCCGCUCUCAGCCUAGCUGCUUUGGUAUGAGGUGGGGGACUUGUCAGACCACCAGCCACCCGCGUCGGCCAGCAGAGCCAUGUUGGAACUGAGCGCACUGGCUGAGGCUGAGUGGGCAGAGGGACAGCAGGAGGUGAUUCUCCCCUCAGAGGGAAGUAUACAAGGAAUCCUUUCUUGCCAACACAGGGAGCUGCCAUCUCUGCCACCCUCAUGGCACCAAGACCUUCCCCUUUCCAACCUCUCCCUCCAGCAGGGAUCUGACUUUGGACAACAAGGCUUUAUUUGUAAAUAUGCUCUUAAUAUACAACGUUGAGAACAGAACAGAAACAUCGUGUAUUUUAAAGUAUAAAAUGAAGUGUGACACACUGUAUACAAUUUAAUAUAUAUUUUUAGGAUUUUGUUAUUUAAGAAAAUGGAAUGUGAUGGUACUUAACUUUUACAAAAGAGAGAAAAAUGUUAUUUUUACUGUUUGAAGAAAAUAAAUAUUCUCAUUGUUGUAGAAACA